AUGAAGGAGGAGGAAGAGGAGGAUGAGGGGAAAGACGGCACGCACGCUUCAGAUCAGACGGGGGCAAACAUGGCGCCUGCACCGCAGGCGCUCCACCUGCAGCCAGCAUCCAUGAGCUGCUCCAGAGUGCUGCGGACGGCGCUCGCCGCCACGCCACUGCCAACGACCACCGCAAGCUCAAGAGAGGAGGAGGAGGCGGAGGAGGAGGACAACGACGACGACGACGACGACGAGAAGGAAGAGGCGAGACCCCGCGCGCGGCCCCCCUCAGGGCAGGCAAGGCACGUCGGGGAUGCAGGG